GUCCCUCUGGCAGGCCCGCGGCUGUCUCGACACAAUACCUCUGGCCCCUCCAGCGUAAAUCGUCUACACAUGACAUGAAGAUGCAAGAAGGCUCUGUGCUCCCACUCGCUGAUCCGCAACUGAUCCCUCGGGCGUCCGAUAUUGGCUCGAAAGCCAUUCACCUAUACGAGGACGUCCUCAUAGCUAUCUUCGAUUGCUUCGACACCUCCGAAUCCGUGGGUCGUACCGCUUGCGCGAGCUGCUCACGGGUGUGCUCUUUGUGGACUGAGCCCGCUUUACGGGCGUUAUGGAAGAAUAUAGGCGCAACCUUGCUUCCGCUCUACUGGAUUCUGCUCCCAGACGACUUUGUAGGUGCAUGGGUCGAUCGGCAUGGCCGUCAGGAGCAACUAGAGAUGUACAUUCUCAAGAUCCUGAAGGAUGUACCGUGGACGGACCCCGCCAUCUGGGAACGAUUCCUCCUCUACGCUGCAUAUGUGCAUCACGUACCAUUUCAAGGCUGUCUUCAUACCUGUGAAAUCCCCCUACAUGGUUCGAGGCACCUCACGUCGCCAGCGUUCUUGCUUGCCUAGUGUCACCAUCCUUGACCACGGUUAAGCUGAUGAUCAACACCCUCACUCCCUCUGCGCAGGUUGAGGAGGUUCUACACUCUCUUCCUCGCCUCGCACCCAUGAUCUCUGACCUGACGAUCGUCAGCUCUAGUCCCUUAGACCGAAGCAUCCCCUCGCUGUGUAGUUUCGGACGCCUUCGGCGGUUAUCCCUCCCGAAUCAUCUGUUGAUAUCCGACCUAUCAGCGUUUCCAUGGAGCAGUCAGGAGACGCUCAUGCACCUUCGUUGUUCUACCACAGGCUUCAGGCAGCUCCUUCACCCGAACCCGGCGGGACACUUCGAUCUUCCCUCCUUAAGACUCCUCUACUUGGGUCCGACCUCUACCGAUGAUUUGCUGGCUAUCAUAGAGCAACUGCACGCGCCAUACCUCCGCAAUCUAGCCAUCAAGGUCGAGGAUGAGGACAACUAUCCCAGUGAGAUUCUAGCUCAAACAGUCCUCCUUCGUGCAGUGUCCAGAGCGUCAUUCGUCGGGACUCUGACAUGUUUCGCAUUCAUCGUUCGGUCGCUAUCGCUCAUACCUAGUCGGGACCUUCCUACGACUUCCACCGUGGUCCUCGACAUCAUCAGGCCGCUAUCCUCACUUCGAGCACUCCGAGAGCUGUCAGUGAGUUAUCGGAGGAGCGAUGCCACACUGGGCACGGACGACGAUAUCUUGGAAGUUGCAAGGGCAUGGAACGACCUGGAGUCACUGAGACUCAUGCUUCCUUCGUCCAAGAAGUACGACUGCGACGGCUUUCCCGGACUCGACUCGCUGGCUCACCUCGCCGAGCACUGUCCUCGUCUGACUUCAGUCAGUAUACCGCUUGCUCUUGUUCACUCGCCUUCACACGUACGGUCAGGCGACGAAGGCAGCAGAGUUUGGCUGCCGGCCUCGCACCCCUUACAAUCC